UGCCUGGGUUCCGAUUAUUAUUUACUGCCCAAAGUUGAGGAAAUAAAAAAAAUCCCAGAUUACAGACUUCUGGACUUUCAGGCACAGAGACCAGCAGGACUCUGGGCAUUUAUGUGACUCUUUCCUCAGUCACCUCUAUCCCACACUCCAAGAUUUAGUUUUUUCCAACUCUGCUCAUUGCUGCACAACGAACCAAAGAAUCAAAGCCUUCAGAAUUUGCACAGGAUUUCUGCUGUGGUGUCGUGUAUGCACCUCUACCAUGUGCAGUGGUGGGGUCGCCACUCUGAGGGGGUCAGCCCCCAGCCCCUGGGAGCUCCAGUAUGAAGAGGAUUCAAGGGAUGUGUCCUCCCCAGCCCUUCCUGCAGCAUCUCUGCUCUGGAGCCCGCCCCCUCCUGUUCUGCCUGGGCCUCAGCCUUCUCCUGCUGGUCGGCAUCUGCGUGAUCGGAUCCCGCAGUCACAGUGAAAAUUCCAAGUUUCAGAGGGACCUGAUGACUCUGAGAACAAAUUUCAGCAAUGUCACUUCUAACACUACGGCUGAGAUUAAGGAACUGCACUCCCAGGAUGGCAGUUUGCAAGAAACCAUAACACUUCUGAAAGCCAAGGUAGAAAACCAUGAGCACGAACUGCAAGCAGCCCACAGCUUGAAUGACAAGGUGUUGUCUCUAAAGAGCAAGCUGGAGAAAGAACAGCAGGAACUCAAAGAAGAUUAUUCCAAAAUGCUCCUGCGAGUCCAGCAGCUGGCCAAAGAUCUGAUCUCUCUGAAUUGCGAGAUGGCUGUUCUCAAGAGCAAUGACACUCAAAAUACCUGCUGUCCCGUUAACUGGCUGGAGCAUGAAGGCAGCUGCUACUGGUUUUCUCGUACUGGGAAGCCCUGGCCUGCUGCUGAGAAGUACUGCCAGCUGGAGAACGCGCACUUGGUGGUCAUCAACUCGAGAGAGGAGCAGAAUUUUGUACAGGAACAUACAGGCUCCUCAUAUACCUGGAUGGGCCUCAGUGAUCCUAAAGGAAUCUGGAAAUGGGUGGAUGGGACAGAAUAUGAGACUAAUUUCAAGAACUGGAAGCCAGGCCAGCCAGAUGAUUGGCAUGGGCACGGGCUAGGUGGAGGCGAGGACUGUGCCCACUUCCACUCUGAUGGCAGAUGGAACGAUGAUGUCUGCCAGAGGCCCUACCGCUGGAUCUGUGAGGCCAGCCUGAGCAAAACCAGCUAGGACAUCUCAGAGCUGCUUCUUGUAGACCCCUCAGCCAUGGAAAUAGCAGGGAUGGCAGAGGGGGGUCGUUCCCUAGACAGCACUAACAAGAAGUGUCUGUGGCAGAGAAAUAAGCCCUGAGAGAUUGGAGUACUUCCAUCAUUUUGAAUUUUUUUUCUCCUUAACUUUCAAAAGACUACAUAGAGUUUCUAAGUGUUUCUUUUUAAGUAAAUUUCAGCUUUACUGAGGUAUAAUAGACAUAUAAAAUUGUAAGACAUUUAAGGUAU